CGUCAGUAAUGCAGGCAGUCAGCGCUCGCUUCCCGACCUACCCACGGUCAUCAUCCGCUUUCACGCCGUCAGCGCUACUUUAGACCGUAGAGCCGAAAAACUGAGCCACGAGUUUUUGCCCAGGACUGUUUCCUAAAUGUGAAAAACGAUCGGAAUGCUGUCUCUGCGGAUUUAAUCGAUCGACGGACUGACGGGCAAAAAUAAAGCGAAAACACCUGAACGAAAGUAGCUUUUGCCAGCUAUAGUCUGCGUUCAACGGGUGUAAAGACGGCAUCCGGCCUCCGAGGAAGCGCCGAGUUCGGGGACUCGGGUCGAUACAGUGCGCAUCGUUUCUGGCUGCCCCUGCCGGAGCACUCUAUGGAGAGGAUGAAGAAGUUCAAGCGCCGCCUGUCGCUGACGCUGCGCGGGAGCCAGACCAUCGACGAGUCGCUGUCCGAGCUGGCCGAGCAGAUGACCAUCGAGGAGAGCAGCAGCAAGGACAACGAGCCCAUCGUGAGGAACGGCCGCCCCCCCACCUCGCACAGCAUGCACUCCUUCCUGCACCAGUACACCGGCUCCUUCAAGAAGCCCCCCCUGCGCAGGCCCCACAGCGUCAUCGGGGGCAGCCUGGGCUCCUUCAUGGCGAUGCCCCGCAACGGCAGCCGGCUCGAUAUUGUGCAUGAGAACCUGAAGAUGGGAUCGGAUGGGGAGAGCGACCAGGCCUCGGGGACGUCCUCCGACGAGAUCCAGUCCCCCACUGGCGUGUGUCUGAGGAACCGGGUCCAGCGGCGGAUCUCCAUGGAGGACCUGAACAAGCGGCUCUCUCUGCCGGCGGAUAUCAGGAUACCUGACGGCUACCUGGAGAAGCUGCAGAUGAACAGCCCGCCCUUCGACCAGCCCCUGAGCCGCCGCUCCCGCAGGGCCUCACUGUCGGAGAUCGGCUUUGGGAAGCUGGAGACCUACAUCAAGCUGGACAAGCUGGGAGAGGGGACAUACGCCACAGUGUUUAAGGGGCGGAGCAAGCUGACAGACAACCUGGUCGCUCUGAAAGAAAUCCGGCUGGAGCAUGAGGAGGGGGCACCCUGCACAGCCAUCCGGGAAGUGUCAUUACUGAAGGACCUGAAGCACGCGAACAUCGUGACGCUACAUGACAUCGUUCACACGGACAAGUCCCUGACGCUAGUCUUUGAGUACCUGGACAAGGACCUGAAGCAGUACAUGGAUGACUGUGGCAACAUCAUGAGCAUGCACAAUGUGAAGAUCUUCCUGUUCCAGAUCCUGCGGGGCCUGGCCUACUGCCACCGGCGGAAGGUGCUUCACCGCGAUCUGAAGCCCCAGAAUCUGCUCAUCAACGAGAGGGGGGAGCUCAAGCUGGCCGACUUUGGUCUGGCCAGAGCCAAGUCGGUGCCCACGAAGACAUACUCCAACGAGGUGGUGACGCUAUGGUACCGCCCGCCAGACGUCCUGCUGGGCUCCUCGGAGUACUCCACCCAAAUCGACAUGUGGGGGGUGGGGUGCAUAUUCUACGAGAUGGCGGCAGGCAGGCCCCUUUUCCCGGGCUCCACAGUGGAGGACGAGCUGCACCUCAUCUUCAGACUGCUGGGCACACCCACAGAAGAGACCUGGCCUGGGAUCUCCUCCAUCGAAGAAUUCAAAUCGUACAAUUUCCCCAAAUACAAAGCCCAAGCCUUCAUCAACCAUGCACCAAGGCUGGACACUGAAGGCAUUGAAUUGUUGUUAAUGUUUUUAAAAUAUGAGUCGAAGAAAAGGAUCUCGGCUGACGAUUCCAUGAGGCACCCAUAUUUCAAGAGCCUGGGGAUGCGGGUGCACACAUUGCCUGAAAGUAUUUCAAUAUUCACACUGAAGGAGGUGCAGCUGCAGAAAGACCCAGGCUACCGAAGCUCUUCUUACCCUGAAUCAGGAAACAGUAAGAACAGAAGACAGAGCAUGCUCUUUUAGACUCUCACGCUUUGGCUACAGCAAGAGCAAGGACUUGUAUUCUGUUGUGUAAACUCCCCCUCCAGUCCAGAGAAGAGGAUAUGCAUGUGUGGGAGGGCAGGGGGGGUUGCCUCUCUCUCCCCACAGUGCUUGCCCCCACCCCACCCCACAGUGCUCGCCCCCUCCCUCCCUCCCUCCCUCUUUCCCUGGUCCGUCAGAGUGGGGUCCAGCAGGCGGCCGUUUUGUACAGAUGUUUUUGGCACCCCCUGCUGGACAGCACGGGACUGAGACAAGAGACUGUGUGUUAAUUUAUUGGAGAGGAAAAAAAAACAUUUGCUGCUAAACAACUACUGUCUAUAUUUAACACACUGUUUUAUCAUGUGAAUGCGCUUGGUUACCCUUCGACAGCAGACCAGUCCCUGAAAAGAGUUUAUCAUUUCAUGGAUGUCGUCGUCGUCAUUGUUGUCCUUGCAGUCGUCAGUUUCAGAAAUAUGACUGCUUAUAGUGUCUGCGCGGCUCCUCGAUCCUGCUAGACUUGAGGUCCGUUGUGUCGCAAGCAGGUUUUGCAGAUUUUUGUUUGUGUUUGUUUGUUCUCCGAAACUUCUCCCUCUGGAAUACUGUAGCGGUCGCGAUUUCAGACUUUACACCAGCACCGGGACCCUAGAUCAUGUGACAACUCUUUCCUGAAGAGCGAUUGGACGUCUGGGGCGAUGGCGAUGCACCCCUCUCUCCCCAGAACACUCCCACACGUCUGACCAGUGUGUUUCAGACAGACACCACGGUGCUGUCCACACUGCACUCCGGAAUGUUCCGCCGUCUGGCUCCUCCGCUGUAUCCACAACCCAGACCUCUUUGCAGCCCUCAGCGUGAAGGGAGGGGGGACAGGGUGCACCCGCUUGUCACCCUCUGCGUGGGACAGGAAGCCGCGGGGGCUGGUGGUCGGGGAACCCAAGCACCCGUGGCGUUCUGAAGCGACCAAGCCGUGGCUGACAUCACCGAGGGGGGAUGGGGGGGGGGGG